UACUGUGUUCUAGGUCUCUGGUCAUCCCCUGUACUGUGUCAUCACAGUCUCUGGUCAUCCCCUGUACUAUUUCUGCAGUCUCUGGUCAUCUCCUGUCCUGUGUCCGCAGUCUCUGGUCAUCUCCUGUCCUGUGUCCGCAGUCUCUGGUCAUCUCCUGUCCUGUGUCCGCAGCCUCUGGUCAUCUCCUGUCCUGUGUCCGCAGCCUCUGGUCAUCUCCUGUCCUGUGUCCGCAGUCUCUGGUCAUCUCCUGUCCUGUGUCCGCAGUCUCUCCUGGUCAUCUCCUGUCCUGUGUCCGCAGUCUCUGGUCAUCUCCUGUACUGUGUCCGCAGUCUCUGUGUCAUCUCUGUUCCCCCUGUACUGUGUCCGCAGUCUCUGUGUCCGCAGUCAUCUCCUGUACUGUGUCCGCAGUCUCUGGUCAUCUACUGUACUGUGUCCGCAGUCUCCGGUCAUCUCCUGUACUGUGUCCGCAGUCUCCGGUCAUCUCCUGUACUCCUGUACUGUGUCCGCAGUCUCCGGUCAUCUCCUGUACUAUGUCCGCAGUCUCCGGUCAUCUCCUGUCCUGUGUCCGCAGUCUCCGUCAUCUCCUGUACUGUGUCCGCAGUCUCCGGUCAUCUCCUG